AUGGCAAUUAUUAAAAAUUUUAAAAAUCCAAUUGAAAGAAAACUCUUUUUGGACAUGUUGGGUAUCAACUUGCCGAUUUUCUGUAGAACUUUGGAUGGCGGUAUGCUGAUUUCACCUAAUUUCAUAACUGGUUCUUCAAGAUCCGUGUUCAACUUAGGCUUCAAGAAAAAUAUUUAUGAAGUGUUCGGAUGUGAUCUUAAAUUUUGGGGUCUACCUGUUUCAAGCAUAGUUGGGGACGGGGUGAGGUUUCCGUUGAAUCCUUCAUUCUUAGAAAAUAUGUUCAAACGACACUUCGCGUUGAAACUGCAAGUCAAUGAAGGACAGUUUAGCAACAGUGACAGACAAAUCCUUCACGGAAGCAUGUCUUCUGCUACUGCAUUUUAUCACGGUGAUUUGAGAAAACGGAUCAAGAAGUUUUGGAUUCGAGUAGCCAUAGUUGUUAUAAACAUUUUAAUUUUUCUGAGCUCCAACUCUGUUUACAUCUGA